AUGGUGGCGACUACUGUAGAUGAGGACGAGGGCACGGGUGUUUCUCAAACUUGGUUCAACAAAAUUCUCAACACCUUGUUGUGUCGUGGGGAUUUAGCUAACGAAAAAUUAGAAGCACAACCAGUAUCUCUCAGAGAACUAUUUCGCUAUGCUGCAUUUGAAGAUAAAGUUUUUGUGACUCUGGGGUGCAUAUGUGCCAUCCUUGUAGGUGUUCUUCAAAACACUACCUGUGUUGUUUCUGGAUAUAUAGCUAACCUAUAUUUGAAAGAUAGAAAUAAUGUGGGAAAUGAUCGUCUAUGGACAGCAGCUAUGUGGUGGGCAGGAGCAUCUGGUAUUGUAGGUGUUGUGAAUGUUUUUAUCACUUACUAUCAGAAUUAUUUUUUCUCAACGGCUUGCACAAGAAUGACUGAGAGAAUCAGAUUAGAGUUUAUUAAAGCCGUUCUUCUCCAAGAUGCAUCUUGGUUUGAGCAAAACGAUAGCGGAUCUAUUUCAUCGAAGCUGAAUGACAAUAUAGAGAGAAUUCGUGAUGGUAUUGGUGACAAAGUUGGAUUGAUCAUUAGGGGAGUAACGCUCUUCAUACUGACAUGUAUUGUAUCAUUUUCUGUCAAUUGGAGAACUACUAUAGUAGCUAUAGGAAUGGGUCCGAUCGGAGCCAUGACAAUGGGUUUGAUGGCAAGAUUCUCGGCAAAACCAAUGAAACUUCUUCUGGAGAAGGCUGGUGAAGCUGGUUCCAUUGCUGAAGAGUCCAUCAUGAAUGUUAAGACAGUGGCGUCUUGUAAUGGACAACAAACAAUGAUCAAAAAAUACUCUGAAGUCCUCUCACAAACUGUACAUCAAGUUAGAAAACUUAGUUUCAUUAAUGGCGUAUUCGAGGGUUUCAUGUAUUUUCAACUUUAUGCUUUCUUCUGCGGUGCCUUAGUAUAUGGUAUUGUAAGUCAUUUCCAUGGUUUAUCAGAUGAUCCUGGAAGUGUUCUUGUAGCAGCUAACUCGAUCGUUUUGGGCGGAUACUUUCUCUCAUUAUUAGGACCGCAUAUGAUGGCUAUUUUGAAAGCUCGGGUUGCUGCUGCUGUCAUUUUUGAUAUAAUUGAUAUGAAAAAUAAUCUCGGAGUUGCUGAAGGUGGAAUCCGUCUUGAACAUUGUAGCGGUAAAAUUAAGUUUGAGGAUGUCCGAUUCAAGUAUCCAACAAGAGACGCGAUCAUUCUGAACGGGUGUUCUUGGAAAGCUGAUGAAGGAGAGACUAUUGCAUUUGUUGGCCAUAGCGGGUGCGGUAAAAGUACAAGCAUUGGUUUAUUGACUCGCCUGUAUGAUAAAUGUGGCGGUAUCAUAACAGUGGAUGGUUAUGAAAUUGAAAACAUAAAUUUACACGAUUUGCGAAGCGCAAUCGGUAUAGUUCAGCAAGAACCUUAUCUAUUUAAUGGAACCAUUCGGGAAAACAUUAUUCUUGGAAGAAAAAUAUCAGAAAAUGAAAUGGAGGACGCUGCUCGAAUCGCAAACGCUCAUGACUUCAUAAUGAAGCUAUCUGACGGUUAUGAUACUGUGAUUGGAUCUUGCGGAAUAUCAUUAUCUGGAGGACAGAAGCAGAGAAUUGCUAUUGCACGUGCAAUAGCUAUGAAUCCUCGUAUUCUUCUUCUAGAUGAGGCUACUUCUGCUUUAGACUCAGAAUCUGAAAAAGUUGUUCAGCUAGCUCUGAAUAGAGCCUCUCGAGGUAGAACCACUAUUAUGAUUGCUCAUAGAUUGAGCACAUUGAAAAACGUGAGUAGAAUUCAUGUGAUCGACAAAGGAAAGGUUGUUGAAUUAGGAUCUCAUAAAGAGCUGGUUGACUAUGGAGGAAUUUAUGCAGCCAUGGCAAAAGCUCAAGAAAUUGGGGUAUUUGACAAAAAAGCACCACCCCCAGUAAAUGAAAACAGGAAAGGAAGUGUGACGCACAGUUUCACUCCUCUUGGUUUGGACAGAUCCUCUCUAAGAUCUAGUGGAACGACUAUCGUAUCACAAGUAAACGAAGAUAUAAUUCAGGAUGAGAAACUCAAGAAGAAGUUCUCAUUUCUCAAUAUUCCGUUGUUCCGUAUUUACUUUGGCCUGGGUGGAUCGAAAAUGUUUCAACUUUUGGUGCUUGUGUGUUGCAUGAUUAGAGGAUUGGAAAUGCCCUCUUAUGGAUAUCUUCAAGUGUUUUUGUUACAUACACUGCAAGCAACACCUCAUGGUUUUGGUGGUUGGGCUAGUGAGUUACUAGUGAAUCGAGCUCGUGUGGAAGUAGUUUCGAACCUUCUCCACGAAGACGCUGAAUAUUUCGAUGAUCCGAACCAUUCAAAUGCCGUUUGUACUACGAAACUAGCUCAGAAAGCUCCUGCAAUAGCGGCUUGCUUGGACUAUCGCUUCAUGUUAUUGGUCAAUAAUCUAGUGUCUGUUGUCAUUUGCUGUCUUCUGACUUUUCUAAAUUGCUGGCCUACUGGAAUCACUUCGUUAAUUUUGCUUACAGUGAUGAUAUCAUCCUUGACAUUUUUAACAUACAAAGUUACUCAAUGUCUCUCCAAUAUAGCUGAAGUUGAUAGAAGUGGAGAAAUAGCUCUGGAAAUUUUUGAAAACACGAGAACCAUCCAAUUGAUGUCCGUUACAAACCAUUUCACUGAAAAGUUCUCCGGAUAUCAACAGAAGGCUGUACUAUUAACUAAGAAACUCAUCCUGUUCAACUCCGCAAUUUAUUCUCUGACUAUGUCUUACGUUUUCUUCUGUGACAUGUUCUGUUAUGGAGUGGGAGCAUAUAUGAUUUAUCAUGGCUUCUUCGCGUAUGAUACAGCUUUUAUAGCUGCGGUUGUGGCCAACUACGCCGGAUGGUCAAUUAUCUUUGCAGGUCCUUCAUUUAAUGAUAUGAUAAAAGCUAAUUCAGCAGCCAAAACACUUUUCCAUUUUAUGUCAGAUAUUCAAUGCAAAAAAGAUUUGGAUGCAGGAGAUAAACCGUUAAUUGAGGGUUCAGUUUCGGCCGAGAAGUUAUACUUCGCAUACCCAACCAGGCCGAAUCAACUGGUUGCUCGACACCUCAAUUUCAAAGCUCCAAAAGGACACGCUAUCGCAUUAGUUGGAGCAUCUGGUUGUGGAAAGAGUACCAUUAUUCAGUUAUUAGAGCGAUUCUAUACAUCUUAUCGAGGAAAUAUUAAAAUUGAUGAUCACAAUAUUAGUGAUAUUUCCAUUCGGCACUUACGUAGGAAUAUUGCUUUGGUUGGCCAAGAACCUAUUCUGUUCAAAGGUACUAUAAAAGAAAACAUUACUCUGGGUUGUGAAGAAGUAACGAUGGAAGAAGUACGCAAAGCUGCUGAAAUAGCUAACGCUGUGAAAUUCAUUGAGACUUUUCCUCAGGGAUAUGAAACGGAUGUUGGAGAAAAAGGACGAGCUUUAUCAGGUGGACAAAAACAAAGGAUAGCCAUUGCACGAGCUUUAGUUCGAUCACCCAAAAUUCUACUACUUGACGAAGCCACAUCUGCGCUGGAUAACGAAUCAGAAGAGAAAGUUCAACAAGGUAUUAAUGAUGCAAGUGUUGGUCGCACAUCCAUUACUAUAGCCCACCGCUUGAGUUCGAUACAGAAAGCUGACCGGAUUUAUUACAUUGAGAAUGGUGGUGUUGUUGAAUAUGGUACUCAUGAAGAGCUCAUGGAAGCUGAAGGUAGAUAUGCUAGACUGGUAGCUGCACAGGCAUUAGAAUAA